AGCAGGUGCUGGGUUACAUAGCUGCUCCAAAUCUGCUGGAUUCGAUGGAGCAGCAAGCCUGCCUGUUUCCCAUUUUCAACACCUUGAUUCUCUCAAGCUCAAUAAAUCACCACGGUUGAGAUCUCAUACAUGAAGAUGGUUCACCACUCUGGUUCUAUUCAGUCAUUUAAACAGCAAAAAGGUAUGAAUACUAGCAAGAGUGAAACUGUAAAAGAGCCCCCUUUAAAGCCUUCCAGACGAUCCUUGCCAUGCCUUGCUCAAAGCCAAACACACCCUCACAGCCUCAGCAAGCAUUCCUCAUUUCUUCAACCAAAUCGAGUACAACCUCAGCCUCAGCAACCUGUGAGUGCAGGAGCAUCGAUGACAGGUAUCGAUGUAGUGUCAGAACGAGCUAAAGUAAUGGAAGUACUGGAAAACAAUCUACUCAAGUUGUCUAAUACAGAAUACAGUGAUCCAUUUGUGGACAAUUUCAUGAUCCAGAAGGUGGAAGAAGCAACAAGGGGAAUGGCCAAGGACGUAGGAAGAGAGAAGAGACACAUAGGAAGAGAGAAAGACACAUAUACAGAUGAUUCAGAACAUGGGAAUUAUGAUUCUCGAACAGAUCAGUCACUGCUUAUUCAAAGUACACCUACAAGACAAAAAACAGAAUCUCGGACUAAGUCAUCUCUGAAGAGUAAUAUGAGUGUCCUAGCAACAUCAGGGCUCUUCUUCAAAGAUGGCAAAAAACGUAUUGAUUAUAUCUUAGUUUAUAAAAAAUCAAGUCUACAAAUAGAGAAAAGGAGCACUUUUGAAAAGAACCUGCGAGCAGAAGGAUUAAUGUUAGAAAGAGAGCAAGCUGUUACAAGCCAUGAUAUUAUGUUUGUUAAAAUUCACUGUCCUUGGGAUACAUUGUGCAAAUAUGCUGAAAGGAUGAGCAUCAGGAUGCCUUUCAGGAAAAAAUGUUAUUACACUGACUGGAGGAGCAAAACCAUGGGCAGUCUGCAGAGGAAUAUGAGGGAAUUGAAAAGCUGGUUGCCCAGAAAUCCAAUGAAACUUGACAAGGAAGCACUCCCUGACCUGGAAGAAACAGAUUGCUACACAGCACCCUUCAGUCGAGCACGCAUACAUCAUUUUACAAUCAACAACAAAGACAGUUUCUUCAGCAACUCCACAAGAAGUAGGAUAGUACAUCAUAUGCUGCAUAGGACAAAGUAUGAAGAUGGCAAAUCAAAAAUGGGCAUAAAUAGAUUACUCAGCAAUGGAACAUAUGAAGCAGCAUUUCCACCUCAUGAGGGAAGUCACAAAAGCAGGCAUCCCAUCAAAACUCAUGGAGCUCAGAAUCACCGACAUCUUUUAUAUGAACGGUGGGCACGAUGGGGAAUGUGGUACAAAUACCAGCCUUUGGAUUUGAUCAGGCGAUAUUUUGGAGAGAAAAUUGGCCUUUAUUUCGCUUGGUUAGGAUGGUACACUGGGAUGCUCAUUCCAGCAGCACUUGUUGGCCUGUUUGUUUUCCUUUAUGGAUUAUUUACGAUGGAUUCCAGUCAAGUAAGCAUAGAGAUCUGUGAGGCAAAUGAAACCAUCAUGUGUCCUAUGUGUGAAAAGAAUUGCACACUUCAAAAACUGAAUGAGAGUUGCAUCUAUGCAAAGGUCACACACUUAUUUGAUAAUGGAGGGACUGUCUUUUUUGCUAUUUUUAUGGCUAUAUGGGCUACAGUUUUCUUAGAGUUUUGGAAAAGGCGGAGAGCUGUACUAACCUAUGACUGGGAUCUAAUAGAUUGGGAAGAAGAAGAGGAAGAGCUUCGACCUGAGUUUGAAGCAAAAUAUUCCCAAGUGGAGCGGGUAAAUCCCAUAACAGGAAAACCUGAACCUUUUCAACCAUUCCCUGAUAAACUUAGUCGACUGAUGGUGUCUGUGUCAGGAAUAUUCUUUAUGAUAUCAUUGGUACUCACAGCAGUGUUUGCAGUUGUUGUGUACCGCUUGGUGGCUAUGGAACAGUUUGCCUCUUUCCAGUGGUAUUUUAUCAAAAAGUACUGGCAGUUUGCAACAUCAGGCACUGGAGUGUGCAUCAACUUUAUGAUCAUCAUGUCACUUAAUGUUGUAUAUGAAAAAGUUGCCUACCUCUUAACAGAUUUAGAACAUCCUCGAACAGACUCAGAAUGGGAAAAUAGUUUUGCCUUGAAAAUGUUUCUCUUCCAAUUUGUCAACUUGAAUAGUUCUAUCUUCUACAUUGCUUUCUUUCUUGGAAGAUUUGCUGGACGCCCUGGAAAGUACAACAAGCUUUUUAACAGGUGGAGAUUGGAAGAGUGUCAUCCAAGUGGCUGCUUGAUAGACCUCUGCCUGCAAAUGGGCGUUAUCAUGGUUUUAAAGCAAAUGUGGAACAACUUCAUGGAACUCGGCUAUCCGUUGCUACAAAACUGGUGGUCACGGCGCAAGAUCAAGAAAGGAGGGCAGUUGUUGGAGCAUAAAUUCUCUCUACCUCAGUGGGAAAAAGAUUGGAAUCUACAGCCAAUGAACCUCCAUGGUCUGAUGGAUGAGUACUUAGAAAUGGUUUUACAGUUUGGCUUUACUACCAUCUUUGUAGCUGCUUUUCCACUGGCACCUCUUCUGGCAUUGCUUAACAACAUCAUAGAAAUUAGACUUGAUGCUUAUAAGUUUGUUACACAAUGGAGGCGACCGAUGCCUGCGAGAGCAACAGAUAUAGGAAUUUGGUAUGGAAUCCUCGAAGGAAUAGGAGUCCUUGCUGUAAUCACCAAUGCUUUUGUUAUUGCCAUUACUUCUGACUAUAUCCCACGAUUUGUUUAUGCAUACAAAUAUGGCCCUUGUGUGGAUCAAGGAUACAGACAGGAAAAUUACACAUUUAAUAGAUGUUUGAAGGGAUAUGUCAACAGCAGCUUAUCAAUAUUUGAUCUGAGCGAACUUGGCUUGGGAUAUUCAGGAUAUUGCAGGUAUAGAGAUUACAGAGCACCUCCAUGGAGUUCAACUCCUUAUGAAUUUACUUUACAGUUCUGGCAUGUCCUAGCAGCUCGACUGGCCUUCAUUAUAGUAUUUGAACACCUUGUUUUUGGAAUAAAAUCUUUCAUUGCCUACUUAAUCCCAGACAUGCCCAAAGACCUAUGUGACAGAAUGAGAAGGGAAAAAUAUUUAGUCCAGGAAAUGAUGUACGAAGCUGAAUUAGAGCAUUUGCAGAAAGAACGGAAAAAGAAUGGCAAACAGUAUCACCACGAAUGGCCUUAGUUGAUAUCAAAUAACAGUGACAACUUUCACAUGAGAAUGGGUGCUUCUGAUUAGAGGCUGAAGAUGGGAGUCUAAAGAUUUAAGCCUUGUAAAUAUGCUGCAAUUGAAAAACAAAUUAUUAAGUUUUGCUGUGAACUGGAAGAAUCAUGUUAACCCAUAGAGAUGCCAAAUGGCUAUGCUGAAGAUGCAUUACUGAGGACUGAACGCUGGCUCAGCAGAAGUGGAUUUGCUCAGCAAAAGUGUAAGAUACAAAGAACUUGUGUAAGGCAUCUACAGCAAAGUAAAAACAAAAUCUAUCACUUGUAAAAGUUUCAUAGUAAGGGCAUGAUUUUUUUUUAAAAAAAAGAUGGUAUGUUUAUCCACUACUUCAGCUUUUAAUUGCUCAAAUGUAUUUGUACAGCCAGUGGAAAAUACAAAGUGAGAAUUGUUGCCUCUGUGGCCAUAAAUUGAUGUUCUAACAGUCCUGCAGGCUUCCCAUUUUGUCAGUCUCUUGCUGAGAUUGUGGAUGUGGCUCUGCCCUUUAAAAGGGAUAUCAGUCUAUUUGAUAUUUACUAUGCAGUUUGAUGUUUGCACAUCACUUCUUGUUUGUCUUUAAAAGAAAAAAUGUAUAGUUCUCUACAGUCAAAGAAAUUCUACUUAAGGGAGGGCUCCACAGAUCUUCUAUAGAAGAGCUUUUCCCCCUUACACAAGAACCUUGUGUAAUGGAUAAGGGAAAUCAUAUUGCAUCCAGAGUAUAUAAUCUGCAUGCAGAAGCCUUUGCACAUAAUUAAAUGUGCACACAUCUCAAGACCUGCACAUGGAACUGCACAAGCAGAUAACUUUUUUCUUUCUGUCAGUAGUCCUCUGGAUGCUGACUGUUCUUGAUGCAGCUCUCUUCAGAAGAACAAUCUGGCUUCCCAGUGAUUUGAUAUCCAGUAUGCAAAUAAAGGCCAUCUACUCAUAAUCUCUGAAGUGAACAGGCUUAUCCAUGCUCUGAUGUAGCAUGCAGAAUUGUGUCACUAUUCUCUUUGAGCUAUUUGGAUAUUAAAUGUUCCAGAAAAAAACAACUUGAAACAUUUUAUUGCAUUGCAAAUAAUUUCACCCUAAGAAGUCAUUUAUCUUACUUGCUCUAUGCAAGAGCCUCUUUAUGCAGUAUACAAAGUAUAACUUAAUUGCUUGAGAAUUAUGAAACAGGACUGUAAAACCAUCCUUUUUCUACAAAAUCAAAGCAUGGCAAUAGGUGUAUAGAUAGUAUUUUUAAAAUAUAUUCAGUACAUGUUCCUAUAGCAACUUGGACUUUGGUUAUCACAUCCUUGCAAAAGAGAACAGUAAGCUUCAUGAUUUUGUGAUAUUACUAUGUUCCAUUCUGCACAACACAAAAAAGACAUCUGUGGGAUGCCUUAAAAAGAAGUGACUGCCUCUGUUCACUCUGCACACCUAAAAUAUGACUUCCAAAGGAGGCUUAAAAAGAGGCAGCUUCUGGGUGUUUUCCAGACAGCAAAGGCAUCAGAGAGGAAACGAGGCUGUUUCCUGCCCAAACAUUUUGUUCUCUGGUCAAUUUCACCCUCAGCUUGCACAUGACAUUUUGUGUGCAGCUGAAGGGAUUCUCCCUUCCACCAUUUGCUGAAAGUUAUUCUGGAGGCUCUGAUCCUGGAUGCCUUUUCAUCCCAAAAAGUCCAUAGUUUUACUCAGCUGGUCCUUCCAAUUCCAGUAAUAUAUAGUUUUGAGAGUCAGCAUGGUGUAGUGGUUAAAAACAGGUGGAUUCUAAUCUGAAGAACCAGGUUUGAUUCCCCACUCCUCCACCUG